AUGGCGGAUGUUUUCCGGAGCCUGAACCUCCUUGGGACCCUCAAAGAGUCCAUGGACCACAAUAAGUUAUCCGACAUCAAGGAUGCAGUGGAGGAUCUUCUGAUCAGUAGGAUCAACCUGGCUGUGAUGGGGGAGCGCGGAGACGAGAAGGCCACCUUCAUCAACUCCCUCCAUGGCCUCAGCUCCGGGGACGACGGAGCAGCUCCGUCUCGGCCCCCUGUUUCCCCGGAGGAGGUGGCGAGCUUCCCCAACCCCAAACACCCCGUCUUUCGCCUGUGGGACCUCCCGGCUGCCCCGUCCACCUCCCCCUUCGAACCCGAGGGAUACAUGGACAGGGUCAAGUUUGCCCGCUACAACGCCGUCUUCAUCACCUUCAACCGGGCGCUCCCACCCAACAGCGUGCGGGUGUUUCUCGAGGCCCGCUCGCAACAGCGGCAGACGGUGUACUUCGUGCUCUUGGCUUCGGCAGGAAGCACCGAAGAGCAACUGGAAGGGCGGAGGAAAGCCGGUUUGGAGGUGCUGACUUCGCAGGGCGUGGCGGCCCCGCCUCAGGUCUACCGGGUGCGACCCUCCGCCCUGGAGAAGUUGGACUUCCCCGGCCUGUUGGAGGACCUGGGACGAGACCUCCCGGAGAUACGGGCCCACGCGCUUCUCCUGGCUCUGCCGGCACUCACCUCCACCCUGGUCGCUCGGAAGAAGGAGGCCUUCAGCGCGCUGGUGUGGGCGGCGGCCUCGCUGUCCGCCGGGGCGGCGGCGGCCGUCCCCGUCCCCUUCGUGGCCUCGGUGGUGGACUGCGGUGUGGCGGCGCGGGUUCUGAGCAAAGCGCAGCUCUCCCUGUGCCUGGACGAAGGGUCGGUCGAGCGACUGGCUCGCCAGCGAGGGGCGGAACCGUCGCGGCUCAAGGGGCUGCGGACCUGCGUUCUGUCGGCGGGGGUCACCAAAGGGGAGGUGAGAGCGCGGCUGGCGGCGGCAGAAAGGGACUUGGCCGCGGUUUCGGUUCCGUCGAAGCUGGCGGAGAUGGCGAUGCCCAGGCACGCCCGCUCGGCCGGCCGCUCCUUUGCUGCCAUGCUGCAGGCGCUGAACGCCGCCAUCGACGAGAUGGCGGCGGACGCUCAGAAGAUCGUAGCCGCUGCUCUCGGGGAGGGAAAGUGA